UGCUCUCGCCCGAGGAUGUCUGGCUCGCGUAGAGAAUUUGACGUGAAGCAGCUUUUAAAGCUCAGAUGGAGGUGGUUUGGACAGCAGCAGCAGCAGCUCCCUCCUCAUCCUAACGUCGGUCGCGAAGGAGACUUCUGGGACAGAAGAUACCCCGCAGCAGCUGCCGCCGGUGGGAGAAAGUUUCUAAAUGCGAACAGCCUGCUGCCCUCUUUGGCAUCUGUCGGUUCCCAGAGGUCCAAGCCCCCUGGUUUGCCCAAUCCCUUUUCUCGGCCAAUGGCAUCCACAUCGGAAGUGCCCACCUUGGAGUUUACCAGGGAGAGCAUCCAGAAUUCACAUCUGCUGGAGGAUCCAGAUGCUGAGGAUGGAGCCGCUGAAGAAGAAAAAGUACCAACCCUCGUUCCACGCAGAACUACCCAUAGCGGAGAGACUCGCCUGCCGUGUCAUCCGAUGGAGCCUUGUACGUCUGAUGAAUUCUUUCAAGCACUCAACCAUGCAGAGCAAACCUUUAAAAAAAUGGAAAACUACUUGAGGCACAAGCAACUGUGCGAUGUGGUAUUGGUGGCAGGAGAUCGACGGAUUCCAGCACACAGGUUGGUGCUGUCCUCGGUCUCGGAUUAUUUUGCAGCCAUGUUUACUAACGAUGUCCGAGAGGCCAGGCAAGAAGAAAUCAAAAUGGAAGGCGUGGAACCCAAUGCGUUAUGGGCGCUGGUGCAGUACGCGUAUACAGGUCGUCUCGAAUUAAAGGAAGAUAACAUUGAAUGCCUGCUGUCUACAGCUUGUAUUCUUCAGCUGUCUCAGGUGGUAGAAGCUUGCUGCAAGUUUUUAAUGAAGCAGCUUCACCCUUCAAAUUGCCUUGGAAUCCGUUCUUUCGCUGAUGCCCAGGGCUGCACAGAUUUGCACAAAGUGGCCCACAAUUACACCAUGGAGCACUUCAUGGAAGUCAUUAGAAACCAAGAAUUCCUCCUGUUACCGGCCACUGAAAUUGCAAAGCUGUUAGCUAGCGAUGAUAUGAACAUUCCUAGCGAAGAGACUAUUCUUAAUGCAUUGCUCACUUGGGUGCAACACGAUUUGGAACAACGGAAGAAAGAUCUCAGUAAUCUCUUAGCAUACAUCAGACUCCCUUUACUGGCACCACAGUUUCUAGCCGACAUGGAAAACAACGUACUCUUCAGAGAUGACAUUGAAUGUCAAAAACUGAUCAUGGAAGCCAUGAAGUACCAUUUGUUGCCGGAGAGAAGGCCCAUGCUGCAAAGCCCUCGCACAAAGCCCAGAAAAUCUACUGUGGGCGUCCUGUUUGCAGUGGGAGGCAUGGAUGCCACUAAAGGAGCGACCAGCAUUGAGAAAUACGAUCUCCGAACCAAUAUGUGGACUCCUGUUGCAAAUAUGAAUGGGAGAAGGUUACAGUUCGGAGUCGCCGUGUUAGAUGAUAAAUUGUACGUCGUCGGAGGUAGAGACGGAUUAAAAACAUUGAAUACUGUGGAGUGUUAUAACCCCAAGACAAAAACAUGGAGCGUGAUGCCACCCAUGUCAACUCACAGGCAUGGGCUUGGAGUGGCAGUAUUGGAAGGUCCGAUGUAUGCUGUGGGAGGACACGAUGGUUGGAGCUACCUGAACACAGUCGAAAGGUGGGAUCCACAGGCCCGACAGUGGAACUUCGUGGCCAGUAUGUCUACUCCAAGGAGUACAGUGGGAGUAGCAGUACUAAGUGGAAAGCUCUACGCGAUAGGCGGCCGAGAUGGAAGUUCUUGCUUGAAGUCCGUAGAAUGCUUCGACCCGCACACGAACAAGUGGACACCCUGCGCUCAAAUGUCCAAACGAAGAGGGGGCGUGGGAGUAACGACCUGGAAUGGCUUCCUGUAUGCUAUCGGGGGUCACGAUGCACCAGCUUCUAACUUGACAUCAAGGCUGUCCGAUUGCGUAGAAAGAUACGAUCCCAAAACAGAUGUGUGGACCGCUGUGGCAUCAAUGAGCAUCAGCAGAGACGCAGUGGGAGUCUGCCUUCUUGGAGAUAAGCUGUACGCUGUGGGAGGAUAUGACGGACAAGCCUACCUUAAUACGGUCGAAUCAUACGAUCCUCAGAUAAAUGAGUGGACACAGGUUGCACCGUUGUGCCUCGGAAGAGCUGGAGCCUGUGUAGUGACGGUCAAACUCUAGUCCCGAAACAAUGGCCUCUCCCGUUAAGACUCUUUGGUGAUUUCACAUCAAAUCCUUAAAACGUAAACGCGUCAGGUACUGUGUAUCUCCGCAAGGCAAAGAGACUGAUCUUAACUCCUAUUUGUAUAAAGGAUUUUUUUUUUUAAAACGACCAAUAUUGUGCACUUUACAAAAAACAACCACCACGAGUAAUGUAGUUUAUGUACACGUCUAUAUGUCUUGGUAAUGGAAGUACAUUACGGAUAAGAUAGCAUGUUUGAAGUACAGAAAUCAGCCAAAAAAAAAAAAGACACUCAUUUUGAUUGUUCUGGAGGCAGGAAAGGAACUUUUGCUGUUGUUGUUUUGGUCUGUAGCCACAGAUUUGCAAUUUCCUUUAUGUCCUUUUGCAAGAAGUUUACAGUAGUGGCCAAAAUUGUAGAAACCUUUUGGGAAAAGUGUAGUUUCUAAAACUAGCUAAUAAUACCACUUUUUUUGGGGGGGAGUAGUACCAUAACAUUAUAUAUCAAUGGAAAAAUAAUUUAAUCGAGAAUGUAAUGCAAUAACUUUUAUGAAGGAUUUGCUAUUAGAAUAGCAGUUACAGUAGAAAGAUGAAAAGUGAAACACGUAGAAAAAACGAGAUAUACAAAAAUUCACCACGUCAGUGAAUACUUAGUUGGGUAACCUUUAGCAUGAAUGACGGCCUUACAAGGUGUUGUGUCUUGCCCGCUCUCACCGCAGCCGGGGUAUGCUUAUCUGCUUCCGAACGCUGAAGAAUGUCCUAGCAUGCCUCCCCGCCCCAGCCCUGGCUCCAUGCCCAGACAGGCUGAGGAGGGGGCAUCUCCCGGCCCCAGCCCUGGCUCCAUGCCCAGACAGGCUGAAGAAGAGCAAGUAUCUCCAGCCCCCAGCUCUGGCUCCAUGCCCAGGCAAACGGAGCAACUAGACCCCUCCCCCUCCUCCACAGCAUGUGAGCCUGAGGAAGGUCAAUUACCAACAGCUGGAGCCUGGAGUGACCCUCGCUUCAGAAGAAUUGAUAGGCAGUGGCGUCAGAAGGAAGGGAGGGGCAGGCCUGGAUAAGUGCUGAGUCAUGGAGCCACACCCCAUGGCCUAUAUAAAGGAUCUGCUUUCUGGCAUUCUCUGAGUCAGGCAAAGUCUAAACAUAUCUUGCUGAAGUCACUUUCUGGUCUCCUGCUUGCCCUGAGGACUUGCUAGGACUUUGGCAGAGCUGCGGAGGCACGCCUGAUUCGGAUUUCCCUGACCCAGCCGUCAGCGGAGGAGUGGGACAUGACACAAGGUCUUCUCAUGGAGUGAACCAAAUCUUUUAGUUCUGCAUCAUGUGAAACAGAGAUGGGUUUCAGCAGGUUCUGACCAGUUCUGGAGAACCGGUAGCGGAAAUUUUGAGUGGUUCGGAGAACCGGUAGUAAAAAUUCUGACUGGCUCCAUCCCCAUCUAUUCUCUGCCUCCCAAGUCCCAGCAGAUCGGGAGGAAAUGGGGAUUUUGCAGUAACCUUCCCGUGGCACGCCCACCGAGCCACACCCACAGAACUGGUAGUAAAAAAAAUUUGACACCCACCACUGUUGUGAAACCAAGAUUGAAUGGUUGCUUCUGUUAACUGGGUUUUAUUGCUGGGUCGCAAGUUCUGACUAACAAGUUUCUUGAGUCGGCUCCAUAGAUUUUCAAUUGGGUGAAGGUCUGGGCUAUUCCCAGGCCAUUCCAGCAGUGGAAUAGUAUUAUCUUUUUUUGUUUUUGUUUACAUUUAUAUCCCGCCCUUCUCCGAAGACUCAGGGUGGCUUACAGUGUGUAAGGCAAUAGUCUCAUUCUAUUUGUAUAUUUUACAAAGUCAACUUAUUGCCCCCCCAACAAUCUGGGUCCUCAUUUUACCUACCUUAUAAAGGAUGGAAGGCUGAGUCAACCUUGGGCCUGGUGGGACUUGAACCUGCAGUAAUUGCAGGCAGCUGUGUUUAAUAACAGGCUUCUUACAGCCUGAGCCACACCGCGGCCCUUGAAACUCCAAAACAAAAAAGUGAUGUUAUUAGCCAUCAAACCUCAAAAAUAGACUUUUCCCAAAAGGUUUCCACAAUUUUGGCCACUUCUGUAUAGUCUUGCUUUGUUCCAAAUGCUUCUUUUAUUGUUUGCUUCUUCUUCUUCUUCUUCUUCUUUUGAACAUGGUACAACAAACCAAAUGCAAAGGAUAUAUCAAGUGUACUUCUGAUUUGAAAAAUGCUGUACCUCUGAUGCCUAUGUUGGUAGUCCUUGACUUACGGCCAUCAUUCAGUCCAAAAUUUCUGUUGAGACGUUUGUUCAGUGAGUUACGCCCCGUUUGACGACUCUUCUUGCCGCAGUUGUGAAUCAGCGCUGUUGUUAAGUGGGUAACAGGGUUGAAUUGACCUUCCUUUGUCAGAAGGUCACAAAAGGGAACCAACCGUAGGACCUCAGGACCCUGCAAUCGUCAUAAACAUGAACCAGUUUCCCAGCAUCUACAUUUUGAUCACAUGACCGUCGGGAUGCGGCAACGGUCAUAAGUGUGAAAAAUGGCCGUAAGUCAAUUUUUCGGUGCCGUUGUAACUUUCAGCGGUCAUUAAAUGAACUGUUGUAAGUCAAAUGACAACCUGUAAUUUUUUCAGAGAUAUUUUGUACUCUUUUUUUCUCUUUAAACCGAAGCCUUAUUUCUUGUCUUACACUCGGAAAUAGGUGAACGGAGUAUAUUUUUCACGAACUUUCCAUCGCCGAGUACCCCGUGUCUUGUUAGGAAGUUUUACGUAGCCUAGAAAUAAUCCUGCAUAUCUUUCCGAACUGGGAUUUAUAUUGUCACUUUAUGGAUCACUUCUUCAAAGAAGUUGCAGUAAAAGAACAGUUGAUGAGGUUGAUUAAAAGUGACUCAGAUUGUUAUUAUUAUUAUUCCAAAACAUUCCAUGAUUGUGGCUAACUUCAGUUGACCAUAAAUGAGACUUUUCCACAGGUUUUAUAUAGGCAUCGACAGAGUGUUAUUCUAACAAAAAAAAAUAAUUGCAUUUGGCACAUUUCAAAUGUUCAGAUUGAUCAAUUUCCCUAUGAUCAAAUUUCUGCAGCUCAAUUAUUUCACAGUGUAGCAAUUCCUCUGUGGGAUUUUCUUAAGGUUUAUAGGUCACAUGAUUAUGAAGUAUUUGGAUGUUCCAACCUGCUCUUCGCUUUUUAUAUUUUCUUUUGUGCCUUGUUUAAAACGCUACAAGGUCCUCGACUUAACGGCCACAGUUGAGCCCGUUGCUAAGCAAGAUUGUUAAAUGACUUCUGGCCCAUUUUACCACACCUUUUGCCUAAGUCGUUAUGCGAAUCACUCCCGUGCUUAAGUGAAUCUGGCUUCCCCAUUGACGGCUUCCUCUAUUUGACCCUGGGACGUGUAAAAUACAUGCCUGUUGCAAGGCCCUCAAAUUUUGAUCAUGUGACCCUGAGGAUGUUACAACUGCCAUAAGUGUGAAAACUGAACAUGAGUUACUUUUUUCCAGUGUCGUCAUAAGUUCGAAGAGGCAGGCUGGGCUACACUGAAGCAGUUUCUGCACGUGGCUCAGUUACUCAGAAGUAGUUCCCUUGCUCUCUUUUGUUGACAAGGCCACCAUAACUGCAUUCUGCAAAAAGGCAAGAAGCAACGGAGGUCAAAUGACGCCAACACUCAUCCUCGAGGCAAAGACUAGUCCAGUCUAGUAGGUCAAAGCAAGUUCCCAAAUUCAUAGGCAAAGGAAACAGCUGAAGAGACCCGAACCAAAGUUCAAGGCAAGGACCCACAGCAGGAAGACAAAACACAUCAUUCCCAGCAUCGCCUCCACCUCUCUGCUGUGCUAAAUAGCCAACUUCUGGUGCAGACCAUCAAGGAGGGCAAGGCUGCCUCCUCACGAGUGAUCUGGCUGACCUUCGCUGCUCCUGCCUUUUCUCCGCCCUAUGUGUUCUUCGAUCAGGUACAGAAGGCAGUUCCUCCUCCGCAUCGCUAACCGGCUGCAGCUAGUGUGCUUUCCCCACCUGAAGCCACAGAGCUGUUGUGCUGCAGUUGCGCUUCAGCCAAAUCCCUCUCAGAGGGCUGCUCAGCACCAUGGAGCAACUCCCCUCCUGAUAUGCCUGGAACAGGUUCAUCGCAUAUGGUCCUCCUGGCACAACUGAUCUACCUGUUGUGACCCAGGCCCAAGUAGGUAAUAAUAAACUUAGUCUGUGGAAAAACAAACUUUAUUCGAACACCUGGCAAUUACUUCAUUCCCAGCGUCAUUCAGCUCAAAGUAAAACAAAUGCCUCCCAACACAAAUUCCUCAGUUAUCUCACAAACCUUGGUCCAAUUAGGCAAACUGCCAAAGGCCCUUCCUGGCAAACAUCCAGAAGCCAGAAAAACAAAGACAUACACGAAGCAGAAGACGCAGCUACAAAGUCGUUUUCUGGCAAAGCUGAAAACCCGGUGCUGGUCUGUUUUAAGCCUUAUGGGAGGGGCCAAUCAUCUCUUGGCCCUACUCCCAAGUCAUCCUCUCUGCUUGAGCUGCUCUUGCCUUCUGGCAGCUCUUCUCAUGCGUGCAUUAGGAACAGGCUCCUCCUAUUCCUCUGCCUUACCACUAUCAGUCUCUGGAGGCUCUGGAGUCCACACCUCACUCCCCGAUGGCCCUGGCCUCACCUCAGCCUCAUCGCUGUCCGACUCCGUUGCCAGCUCUGUAGGCUGCUGAUGGACCACAACACUACCUGACACAGCUCUUCUACAUCUGGUUUACCUGGCGCAUCUGCAUGCUAGUUUAUACUGUCUGGGUCAGUGCCAGCCAAGCACCGCCGUCAUAAAGGAGGACCCCAGAGGGGCUUCAGAUCACAGGGAGGGGCUUUAGUUCAGGAAAGAUUCCUUCUGUUGCAACUGGUGCUCUUCUCUUCCUUCAAAUGGGGUGAUGGGAGCAUUUCCUGGGCUUCUGUUCUCUGAGCCAUAAAGGCAGCUGUUGAACAAGAAGUUUCUCUAGUAUAUUUUGAGUUAGAAACAUUACAAACGUCAGGGUUCUAAGUAACACCCCUAAUGGAAAACAAAAAACUCAAGCGAGGCCCAAGUUUCCUCUCAAGUUCCAUUUUAUUAGAGAUGUCAUAUUGGCACAUCUGGGAAAACCCGAAUCUGAAAAUGUCCAGGUUUUCCCCACCCAAAGGAAAGUCCAAGUCCCUUCCUUCUGCACCCACAUGUCCAUCACACGGUCCAAUCGGGCCCCCUCCAAAACGGGAGAUGCCUCCCCGUCACCUCAUCGCAACUGCAGGGCCGGGUGACCUUGACCAGGGGUCAGCAACCUGGGGCUCUGGAGCCUCAUGUGGCUCUUUCAUCCCUCUGUUGCGGGCUCCCUGUCGCCGGCCGGCUCCACAAUUGAUAGGACGUUCGGUUAGGACAGGUAGAGGAAAAAGGACGCCGCACUAGGAGGAGACUCUAUGGUAGGGGGAAACCGGACUUCCGCUCGGCUGCAGAAUUGAAUGGGGGGGUUUCUGGUUAGGAACUUUGUGGCCCUUUGAGUGUUUAAGGUUGCCGACCCCUUGACUGUUUGAGAAAGAAUAAAGUCAUGGCUAUAUAGUCAUGGCUAAAGGGCCUCUGGUGGCUCAACAGACUAAUGCAGUCUGUUAUUAACAGCAGCUGCUUGCAGCUGCUUGCAAUUACUGCAGGUUCAAGUCCCACCAGGCCCAAGGUUGACUCAACCUUCCAUCCUUUAUAAGGUAGGUAAAA